CACCACCGUCCACCAUCACCAUCCAAACAUGGCGUGGCCCACCCUCGGAUCGAUCUCGAGCUACGUCUGGCCCUCGUGGGGCAGCACCCAGCCUUUGCCGCCGGCGAUCCAGGUCGCAGUAGUCGAGUCUCUAGCCCAAGCAAAUCCUUCAGUUUCAGCGACACAAUCCGCUCCCGAUCCUCUCGACACCACGCCUCGAUCGCCGCCUGCAGCAUCACCCGAGGUCCUGGCCCAUGUGCAGACCGACACGAGAAGCAAAGUCGACAUCCAGUCCGACGAGUGGUACAAAUACAACAAAUACAUCCUUGGCGGCGCUUCGAUCAUCGGCUUUGGCUCGCUCAUCUACACCAUCCGCGAACGGACCAAAGGCCGUCUGCAGAUCCCCCUCGAUGAGCUGCUGAAUCGCGAUCCGACCGCCAGGGCUGCAAACCCCAAGCUCGCAGCCUACAUGUUUGCUGGCCGUGCGUUUGGAACAGCGACACUCCUGAUGCUGACGGGAACCUGUGCGCUCACCAUGGGUGUUGCCAGCUGGAUGCAAGUCAACAGCCUCAAAGAGUUCUCCGAGAAGGCCAAGGCCAAGAGCCGCGAGCUGUUCCCCAAACUCUACCAGAGCAAUCGUGACGAUGGCAAAUUUGACCAGGCCGCUCACGAGUUCCUGACGGAGCUGCGGGAGGACUUUCGACGAGAGCGAGAGGGUGAGGGCUACCAGCAGACCGAAGCGUCGACGAUCAUCAGCAAGCAUGUCAAGGACAAGCUGGGCCUGAAGUCGUAGAUGUGUGAGCGGCUUGAGUUUUGUGGCCAACAUCAGCGCAGGAUGCCCGCAAUAGAUCAUCGCAUCCAUGGCCUCAGAUUGCGAUUGUAUGCC